UCCCACACAAACAAAUAAAAAUACAAAACAAUCAUCCAUUGUUCCCACAAGCAUCACUCAUCACAUCUCUCUCUUUCUCUCUUCUUUCUCUCCUCUGCCAUUGCCAAGGAACUCCAAGCUCCAAGAAAAGGUAAGCCUUCAAACACCUCACAAGCUCUUGCCUUUCAUAGAUUUUUAGUCUUUCAUGGAGUUUAGAGUGUCAAUUUCAUGUCAAAGGUGUCACCUUUGUUUGUGCUUGUUCAUGUUCUUGAUGUUUAGUGUCCUUGUUCUUCAUGUUGUUUGCUUGAAUGAAGAGGGUCUUGCCCUUCUGUCAUUCAAGGCUUCCAUUACUGAAGACCCUAAUGGCUCAUUUGCCAAUUGGGACUCCUCCAAGCAAAACCCUUGUUCUUGGAAUGGUAUCACUUGCAAAGACUCUAGGGUUGUCUCCAUUAGCUUUCCCAAAGAAAGACUUUUGGGCUCCAUUGCAUCAUCUCUUGGCUCUCUUGCAUCUCUUAGACAUAUCAAUCUUAGGAACAACAGGCUUUUUGGGAGCUUGCCCCUUGAGCUCUUUCAAGCCAGAGGGCUUCAAAGCUUGGUUCUUUAUGGCAAUGCAUUGUCCGGGUUUAUCCCGACGGAGAUCGGUAACCUUGCUUUUCUUCAAGUCUUGGAUUUGUCACUGAACACACUCACUGGUUCCUUGCCCAAUGCUUUGAUCAAUUGCAAGAGGUUGAAGACUCUUGUUUUGAGUCAUAAUAAUUUCACUGGUUCUUUGCCAAUUGGUUUUGGGAAUGGUCUGAAUGCAUUGGAAAAACUCGACCUUUCUUACAAUAGAUUGAAUGGUUCUAUUCCUAUGGAUAUUGGUAAUAUGUCAAAGCUCGAAGGGACUGCUGAUUUCUCUCAUAAUCUUUUCUCUGGUUUGAUUCCUCUGAGUUUCGGUGACCUCCCGGAGAAGGUCUACAUUGAUCUUACAUACAAUAAUCUUAGCGGACCGAUACCACAAAAUGGUGCUUUGGUUAACAGAGGACCUACUGCCUUUAUUGGCAACCCUCUUCUCUGUGGACCACCAUUGAAGACCCCAUGUUCUAAUGGGGUACCCCCCGAUGGUCCUGCUAUGUUUCCAACAAUCGAAGGUGGUGAAAAUGAGGGUAGAAUUAGCAAAAGAACAAGCAUGAGUAAAGCCAUUGUCGUUGCAAUUGUUGUAUGUGAUUUAUUCGGCAUAGCUCUCAUUGCAUUGUUGUUCUUUUACUGUUACCGUAGAGCGAUUGCAAUGAGAUUAAAUGAAGCAAAUGGGAGUAAUGAUAAAGAUUUGAAGGCUAUGAAAGAAUGCUUGUGUUGUAUGGAUGAGGAUUCAGAUACCUCAUCGGAAAAUGUAGAGCAAAAUGAUCUCGUUCCGUUGGAUCGUCAUGUGAAGUUUAAUUUGGAUGAGUUGUUGAAGGCUUCGGCGUUUGUUUUGGGGAAGAGUGAGAUUGGGAUUGUUUACAAGGUGGUGCUCGAUAACGGGCUUAUGUUGGCGGUGAGGAGAUUGGGCGAAGGCGGGUCACAGAGGUUUAAGGAAUUCCAGACGGAGGUAGAAGCUGUCGGGAAGGUCAGGCAUCCCAACAUUGUUACUCUCAGAGCUUAUUACUGGUCCGUCGAAGAGAAACUUCUUAUAUAUGAUUUUAUACCGAAUGGCAACCUCUCCGCUGCAAUUCAUGGUAGAUCAGUGCCUGUUUCUUUUUCGCCGAUGUCUUGGGCUGUCCGGCUAAAAAUCAUGAAAGGAAUCGCUCGAGGUUUGUGUUUCCUGCAUGAGUUCAGCCCGAAGAAAUACGUCCACGGAGAUCUCAAACCUAACAAUAUACUUCUGGGGCCUAACAUGGAAGCACACAUAUCCGACUUCGGUCUAGCACACCUUGCAAACAUAGCAGGAGGAUCACCGAUGCUACAUUCCCGAAGAAUAGCAACCGAAAAAACACAAAACCAGUUCUCCGACAUUGCUGUGACGCCGGUGAUGAAGAUAGAAUUGUGCUAUCAAGCACCCGAAGCAUUGAAAACUCUGAAACCAUCUCAGAAGUGGGAUGUUUAUUCGUAUGGUGUCAUUUUAUUAGAACUGAUCUCCGGCCGAUCUCCAGUUGCAUUGUUAGAUACUUCGGACAUGGAUUUAGUUCGAUGGUUUCAGUUCUGCAUCGAAGCGAAGAAGCCCCUUAGCGAUGUUCUAGACCCGGCAUUAGGUCAAGAACCAGAGAAAGAAGAUGAAAUAAUUUCAGUGCUUAAGACCUCCUUGGCUUGUGUUCAGUAUAAUCCUGAAAGUAGGCCAUCUAUGAGACAAGUUACCGACACUUUGGAGAGAUUGGCAGCUGGAUUAUGAUAGAUGAUGAGCAAUAUUUAAAAGAAAGGAAUGAAGCAGAGUAAAUUUAGUUGUUUUCCGAAGAUGUAAAGUUUGUUUUUCUUCAUUAAUUCUUCUUGAUUAUUAAUGUUCUUGGUGUGCCAAGGUACCUGAAUUUCUGUAGAACUUUUGUUUCAUUGUAUCCUAGCUUUGUUUAAUGGCGCUUUUGUUUGAUGAAAAUGUGAAAUAACAUGACAACAUUCACCCCAAA